AUGAUUACAAUUCAAAACUUACAAUCUAGCUCAAGCUUUUAUAAAACAACAUAUAUGAAUCAAAGUGAUAGUGAAGCUGAUAAUACUAACGAAUCUUCAAUGAUCAAAUUAAUUAGCUCUAAAAAAAAAAGAGUCAAAGAAUUAAUUAAAAUUUUUGAACCCUUUAACUAUACAACUGAAGAAUUUAGUGCCAAGAAUUAUCUUAUUUUAUCAGUCGUCUAUCCUAUUAUUGAAGUUCUAAAGUUUAAAUUUGCAAUAGAUCCAAAUUUACCAUUAAUUGAAGAUAAAUCAGAUAUAGACAGUAAUAAUAAAUAUGAAAAUAUUACUGACUUACAAAAAACUCUCAAUAUUCAUUCAGUUGUUGCUCAAGUCAACCAAAAUCCAAGGCUUAAAAAAAUAUGUCUUUGGGCUAAUAAUAUAUGUGAAAAAACAAUUAGAACAUAUCAUGAAGAACUUAAUACUAUAGCUGGUGAAAUUCCAGUACAAGCAAUUGCUGCAUCCAAUAUAACUUCAGCUAAUCAGUACUUCACAUCAAUUUAUAAUAACGAUAAUAAGGACAAUAAUAGUUUGUCAACUAACAAGCUAAACAAGUAUUUGGAUAUUAAUAAAGUUCUUAUUGCUUCCAAACAAACUUGA